AUAUCUACUUCUAUACCUUCGUUGGUUAUCUGGCGGAUAGACGGUGCAGACUGUGACCAUCUUCUAUUAGGGCAUUGCCAAGGGAUCUGAGAAUCAGUUGUUUUAAUUCAACAAUCAAGAGUCUUUUUUUCUGAUUUGAAGCUUGAGGAAUGCAGUGCGUUCUCAAUCUCAAAGGUCAGCAUAUGAAGUUGCAUUUUGAGGCUUAGAUCACUUGGAGAAUUUGCUUCUUCGAAAACAGUGGAUAUCCAUAAACUGGAUUAAACAGACUUGGUUUUUCCUGCAUGGAUAAAAGUGUGCCUCCUAGCUUAUUUGUUAAUGAUGGAUCAUUUAUGGAAAGGUUUAAGCAGCUCCAACAAGAGAAAGAGAAGGAAGCUGCAUUGGAGCAAUGUAAAUCAACAAAAAAUGUGUCUGGGGCUUUGAAGCCCAAUCCUGCCAUCACUAAAACAGUUUUGGAUUCUAAAUCAAAUGAAUCACGCAAAGUCACCCCUUCUGCUUCUGGUGGGAAACUUGCAUUUAGCUUGAAACAGAAGUCAAAGCUUGCGGUGGCCCCUGUUAAGUUGGGUGCAGAUGAGGAUGAAGAGGAAGGAGAUUCAGGAAAUGGUUUCAGUGAUGGUUCAGCAAAACGACAAAAGUUGGAUCAAUCAAAUUCCUUUGAGGAACCAGCCGAACAAGGGGAUGUUGAGGCUAGAAUCCUGAUAGCUGAGCUAUGUGACCAUAGGCUAAUUGCGUGCAUAUGCAAAGGAACUCUAGUGAUUUAUGCACCACCUUCCCCGAGCGAUCCUGCUGUGAAGAAAGUUGCCGACAAAUUAGCAAGUUUUGUGGCAAAAAAUGGAAGGCAGUUUGAGCACAUUACACGUCAAAGAAAUCCUGGAGAUACACCUUUUAAGUUUCUGUUUGAUAGUAGCUGUUCGGAUUACAAGUAUUAUGAGUUUCGGCUUAUGGAGGAGGAAAAAGCUCUUGCACAGACUGGGGACUCACAACCAUUAUGCAGUGAUUCAGGCAGUACAAGCACCUCAGUUCCUAGAGCUUCAAGUUCUCAAAGGCCACACCAGCAACACUCUAAUUAUCAAAUUCCAGCAUCAGCUUUAUAUGAAUCCAAUGAGGAUACACGAUCGCCUGCAACACCAAUUCAGUCAGCUUCAGCAGGAAGAACCUCUUAUGGGGAAUCCAGUGCCCCAUCAGCUGCGGAUUCUAUAGCAAUGAUGGAAUUCUACAUGAAGAAGGCUGCACAGGAAGAGCGGAGAAAGCAACCUAAGCAAUCAAAAGAUGAGAUGCCUCCACCUGCUUCUCUUCAAGGGGAAUCCAGUGCCUCAUCAGCUGCGGAUUCUAUAACAAUGAUGGAAUUCUACAUGAAGAGGGCUGCACAGGAAGAGCGGAGAAAGCAACCUAAGCAAUCAAAAGAUGAGAUGCCUCCACCUGCUUCUCUUCAAGGUCCAGUUAAAAGAGGCCAUCACAUGGGUGAUUACAUACCACCAGAAGAGCUGGAAAAGUUCUUGUCUAGCUGCAAUGAUGCUGCUGCACGAAGAGCUGCUAGAGAGGCUGCGGAAAAGGCUAAAAUCCAAGCUGACAAUGUAGGGCAUAAGCUUUUGUCCAAAAUGGGGUGGAAAGAAGGUGAGGGUCUGGGGAGUUCCAAAAAUGGUAUUGCAGAUCCAAUCAUGGCAGGUAAUGUGAAAUUGAACAACUUGGGGGUUGGAGCGUCACAACCUGGUGAGGUAACCCCUGAUGAUGACAUUUAUGAGCAGUACAAGAAGAGGAUGAUGCUUGGUUACCGCUACAGGCCUAACCCUCUGAAUAAUCCUCGGAAAGCAUAUUACUAAGGGCAACUUCUCUAGCAAGGCUCGCCUUGUCAAGAUGACUGCUGAUGUUGAGAUUGAUAUAUUGUAAGAUCAUCUUUUGGGAAUGUUCAGGAGAAAGAAAAGAAAAUUCUAUUAGCACCUUGUAAGGAGAUCAGAUUUUUAAAUAUAUAUAUAUAUAUAUAUAUAUAUAUAUAUAUAUGGUUUUGAUGCAAAGCUGAAGCUUCAAUUAUGUGUAAUUUGUCUGUUUUGUUAGGCAUUUUUCAUUCUAUAGUAACGCGGGAGGAAUUAAUAUGAAAUUCAAUUAGAUUGCGUAUUUGAUCUGA